AUGAGGGUUCUCAGCUGGAACUAUCAAGAGUUGGGGAGCCCUCGAUCAGUUCGUGCACUGAAACAAAUCUCCAAGUCGGAAAAACCAGACCUAUUCUUUCUCGUAGAAACGAAAGCUCAGGAAACACGGAUACAAGUGCUCCAGUGUCAAUUGGGUUACGCCCACUAUGUGGCUGUCAAUGCGAAUGGAGCACCAGGGGGUCUUGCUAUUCUGUGGAGGGACAAUAUACAGGUAAAGAUCCGGGUAGCUGAUGAUAGGAUUAUCGAUGCCGAGGUUGUUUCUGAUCAGGGUAAUUUUUGGAUCACCUGCGUCUAUGGUGAUCCAGUUAGAAGCAAUAGACAUAUUGUCUGGAACCGUAUCUGCUCUUAUGGGGCUAGCCAUUCUGAUCCAUGGAUGUGCAUCAGAGAUUUCAACUCGUUCCUUGGGUGGCAUGAGAAAGUUGGUGGUGUUCAGAGAGGGAACCAUGACAUUAGUCAAUUUUGGGAUAUGCUCGAUAAAUGUGGGCUUAUGGACCUUGGCUCCAAAGGGCCAGCGUUCACUUGGAACAAUAGGAGAUCAGGGUCUACCAACAUCCGCAUUAAGCUCGAUCGAGCGGUCGCUAAUGCAGUGUGCAGACUGUGUUUUGAUAAUGCUUCAGUGCAAAUAAGGCCUACGUUUAGCUCUGACUACAAUCCAGUGCUUGUGGACACUAUUGGCAAAGUAUAUUAUGGCAUAUGGCCUUUUCGGUUCGAAGCCAUGUGGGCUCAUGAUCCAAGUUGCAAAAGCAUCAUUGCUCAGUCUUGGGGCUCCUAA